GAAAAACGUCAGCGGUUGCGGACGUCUGACGUAAGAGCGUAGUACGUAGUACGUUGGUUGGUUUCCCAGUUGUGCGUCAUCCUUGGGGGUCGUUACCAUGGCUGAGAGUGAGGGUCUGUUGCUGGAUCAUUUUCUGAGCCAACUUUAUCAGUGCGGAGAAGCUGCAGUGAGUGAAAUAAAGAACAAAAGAGGAAAAGCGACAUUGAAAGGAAGAAAAUGCAUGCAAAAUAAGACUGAAGAGCAAAUGCGUUGUUCAGAGGAUCAGUCUGUGCCUUGCAGCACUACGGUACCCAGAACAAGUGACUCACUUGUAAAGAAAGCAGCAGACUCACUAAGCAGGACUCCAAAGUGUCUUGUCAAGUUGCAUGCAGAGCUUCUCAAUUCUGUAGGCACCUAUGAGGUGCAGGCAAAAGCAAAUGGAGAAAAAGUCCCCAACAAUGGCAUUGUCACCACUGGUGAAAAGAGGCCAGUAGAAGUCAUAACCUUUACUGGUCCUCGUAAGAGGAAGAAGGUUCCGCUGGUAAUGGACAAAGACAAAAUGGAGGAAGCUGAUGAGCAGAGCAACUCAAAACAAGAAUUUAAUUUGGCGAGGGCCCGUCUGGAAGUGCACAGAUUUGGCAUCACUGGUUACAGAAAAGAACAGCAAAGAGUGCUUGAACAAGAACGAGCUAUUAUGCUAGGUGCUCGACCCCCAAAACGUGAAUAUAUAAAUUACAAAAGAUACCAGGAAAUGAUGAAAGAUAAAGCCACAGCAAAAAAUACGAAUGCAAAACCUGUACUUUCAAGGAAAAAGAAAGAAGAAAGGAGGAACAAGAAGUCUGAAAUAAUCCCAACUGGGCAGGUAGGAAGAUUUAAAAAUGGAGCGCUGAUCCUCAGUGACAGUGACAUCAAGAGAAUCAAAAACAAAGCCAAGUCAAAACAUGUUUAAACUCUGUACAAUUUAUAAAAGUUUUUUAGUCAUAAAGUAAAAGUUUAUAAUAAUGCUA